AUUAAAAAUGAUGCAAAAAUAAAAUCAUUUUUCAUUCACUACUGUGAUUUAUCCACCUUUUGUAGAUUAAGAAAAAUAAGAAGAACAAUUUUAUCCAUCAAUGGGAUAUAAUUUUGCUACAGGUGAUGUUAAACGUAAAAUAUUGAAUUAUUUAUAGCUGGAUGGACUUUUAUAAGCAAAGAUUAGCCACCUUGUGUUCCUUACUUUUCAUCAUAUAUAAAAAAGUAGGAUGGAGCAGAAUUCUUAGUAACAGGAGGUGCCUAUUAGGAAAAUAAUUAAAUAUAGAGUUCAAACUUUUGUUUUAGAAUCUAGCUUCAUGAUCACAUGGAAGGUCAUAGAAUUAAAUAUGAAUUAUGGAGAUAAGGAUUAACAAGGGAAGAUGACGAAGGCAAUGAAAUUGAAGCAGAAAAAGUCCCUGUAAUACCACCAAUGAAUAUUCCAAGACAUAAUCACUAAAUUUUUGAAUUAUUAAAACCAGGAACUACAAAUUAAUAUUUAUAUAUGGUAGUUGGAGGUCAAUAUAUAAAUUAAGAGGAAUGGGGUUUCUUAAAUUAAUGUGAAAUCUAUGAUGAGAAAGGACCUGUAAAUCAAAAUGGAGAAUAAUAAUGGGAAGUUAUUGAGCCAAUGGUUUAAGCUAGAGCUGGUUUCUCAGGUUUCGUAAUGAAUAAUAAAGUUUAUGUAUAUGGUGGAUUCACAUUUGAAAAUGAAGAAACAGUAUAAUUAUAAUAAAUCAUUGUUAGAAAAUCCUUCAUAGCAAUAAAGUAGAAUGUUUUGAUUUAAAUACAAAAAAAUGGAAGGAUUUUAAAUAUAGACAAGGUUUGAAUGUAACUAAUCAUUUGGGGUCAUCUUGUUUGCCUAUUUCAGAAAAACAUAUAUUAAUUUUUGGAGGUUCAAAUGGUGAAAAAGUAACAGAUAAAAUAGCUAUAAUGGAUAUUGAAAAAGGUUCAAUUGAAAAUCUUAAAUCAAAAACAAAAUUAAGUGUUCCAAGAGCAGGUUCUUAGAUUUUUUUGUUGAAAUAAAUUGAAGUGGCUGGUAGUUUUUUUUAAUAUAUAUAUUAGAUUCAGCUCAAAAAAGAGAUCUAAUUGUAGUAUUGGGAGGAAAUCAGGAUGAAGUGAGUUUCGAUUAUUUUGCAAUAAAAGAUUCGUAAAAUGCUUCUGAACUAGAAUAUGUAGGAAAGAAAGAAUUUAAUAAUGCUUUUACAGGAGCAGUCAUUGGAACAUAUGCUUUUGGUGGUAUUAAUGAUAUUAGAGCUUGGGUAAAAACAAUGUAGUACAUGCCUGUUGUGACAUUAAUAUAAUGAAUAUUAAAAUAUAAAAUGCC